CUCGCGCACGUGGAAGGAAACCCUAAAUAAGGGUUUUGUCUCCCGUUCCAUUUCCUCUUCUCUCUGAAGCGGCCUGGGCUCGUUUCUUCAUAGAUAGGGUUUGUAGGUUAACACAGUGAAGAUUUUGUUUGAGCAGCCGGUCAGCCAUGGUUCUCAAGACAGAGCUUUGUCGUUUUAGCGGUGCGAAGAUAUACCCUGGAAAGGGUAUCAGAUUUGUGCGAGCUGAUUCCCAAGUGUUCCUGUUCUCCAACUCAAAAUGCAAGCGGUACUUCCACAACCGCCUGAAGCCAUCCAAGCUUACAUGGACUGCAAUGUACAGGAAGCAGCACAAGAAGGAUAUGCAUGCUGAAACUGUGAGGAAGAGGCGUCGUACCACCAAGAAGCCAUAUUCUAGGUCAAUUGUUGGUGCCACGCUUGAAGUUAUUCAGAAGAGGAGAACAGAAAAGGCAGAAGUUCGAGAUGCAGCCAGAGAAGCAGCUCUCCGUGAGGUAAAGGAGAGGGUAAAGAAGACCAAAGAUGAAAAGAAGGCAAAGAAAGCUGAGUUGGCAGUGAAGACACAGAAGACCCAAUCCAAGGGUGGCAUGGCCAAGGCAGCAAAAGGCCCGAAGAUUGGCGGUGGGGGCGGGAAGCGAUGAAUGUGAGUGGGCCUUGCUCUUGCUGGGGCCUCUGCAUCUUUUUGUUUGGUUAGGCAUUUCACCAUUAUUAUAUGGCUUCGGUUAUGUUCAUUUCCAUUGUCUGAGAGACUUUUAUGCGUGAGAGGCAGGCAUUAUGCUGUUAUUUUUCUUCUUCAAAUUCCCACCUUUGGAGAAUUUUAUUUUGUUCUCAUAUUGUUUUUAAACUUAAAAAAAGAGUGUUAAUUCCUUUU